CUCCUCCCUUUGUCCGCAUGCCCGCAUCCCAAAGCGCGUGUCCGACCAUUGUGCGUGCAAACAGAAGAACACUGCACUGCUGAAAAUCUAACGUCGACGAAGAAUCGAAUCAUGGCCUCCGGUGUGACCGUAACGGACGAUGUGAUCACCGUCUUCAACGAGAUGAAGGUGCGCAAGGCUGCGGCCACUGAGGAGGAGAAGAGGAUGAGGAAGAAGGCCGUGCUGUUCUGCCUCAGCGACGACAAGAAGAAGAUCGUCCUGGAGGAAGGCCGUGAGAUCCUGCAGGGGGACGAGGGCGACCCCUACCUGAAGUUCGUCAAGAUGCUGCCCCCUGACGACUGUCGCUACGCACUCUACGACGCCACUUAUGAGACCAAGGAGACGAAGAAGGAGGACCUGGUGUUUAUCUUCUGGGCUCCUGAGAGCGCCCCCCUGAAGAGCAAAAUGAUCUACGCCAGCUCCAAGGAUGCCAUCAAGAGGAACUUCACAGGGAUCAAACACGAAUGGCAGGUCAACGGUUUGGAAGACAUCAAAGACCGGAAAACCCUGGCUGAGAAACUGGGUGGCUCCUCCGUGAUCACCGUCGAGGGUGGCGCCUUCUAGAUCCACGAGUCUCAUUCAGCACGGGUCAGCUGGUUAACAAGAAAAACAACUACAAAAAAAACUACACUGAAGUUAGAAUUCAACGGGGUCUGGUUGUUCAUUCCAGGGCGGGUAGGGGUUAGGGGGGUAGGGGGUACCAGGGUGGGGACUGGGGGGGGGGACUGGGGGCUUAGUGGGGUUGGGGGGUCACCAGGGUGGGGAUAGGGGGGCGACUGGGAGGGGUAACUGUGUCUCCUUUGACUGCUGGCUGGCAUUCCAGUUCCACCGUUCAUGUAAUGAUGAGAACACUAAUGAGGAGGCUUGACGUGAUUGAACAGUGCAUUAUUAUGAAGGAUCACAAACCAUACUCACAUGCAUUCAUCUGUUCAGACGUUUAAGAUACAAAAACUGUGGUGUAAAAAAAAAUAUAUAUUGUGAUUUUACCAUUUUACCAUUUUUUUUAUCAUUCACCAGUGUUUUAUUCCCAAUUCAUGUUAAAGAAAACAAGGAAAACAAGUUUUUAAUUGAAAACUAUAAGGGACCGUGUGUAAAGCCUUGGGAUAUCAGACAGUGGGAUGUGGGGACCAUGGUAAAACUGUUAAAUAUCGUUCAACACUACUCCCAAGUAAUUCCAUUAUUUUUUUUUUUUUUUGCCAAACUUGUAGGCUUUAUGAAUUUUUCUUUUGUGUAACACUAAACUCUACAAUUUGUGAAGGAUUUUUUUUAUUAUAAUUAUUAUUAUUUUCUAUAGCUGUAUCCAUUCCAUUCUUGUAAACUUAACUGAAAAGAGACCAGUCAUUUGUAGACCAUGUCCAGACAGGCAGCCCUCUGUCAGGCUUGGACUCAAGGCAUUCCCUUCUAAAGAACCAAACUCAAGAACCUUCUGGAACAGGAAAAGAGGAACAGGUUAGUGCGACAGGUUUGGGUGCUGUGAGAAAGAAAGGGCGGGUGGAACUCUGUAGUGAGGAAGUGAAAGGUGAAUGGAAGAAUGAAAUGGACUGUGAAUGUCUUAUUUUCUCUUCUUGUGUGGAAUAAAAUGCACUUAAUGUUGUCCUCA